GUCGAAAUUAUCCUGUCAGAGAACGAAAACAGCAACAUGGCAGAGCUGGAAGGAGAGUACUUCACACCUCAACCUGUCCCACAGUGGAAUAUUCCUGUAAAUGGGUGCAGUGAUUUCCAGGAAGCGAUAAGCAUGCAACCACCAUACGUAAGAAUAGUGGAACAGCCAGCCCACAAAGCCAUCAGGUUCAGAUACGAAUGCGAGGGUAAAUCUGUAGGGUCCAUUCCUGGUAUCAACAGUACCCACGAAAAGAAGACUUACCCCUCCAUAGAGAUUAUCGGUUACAAAGGCAAAGCCUUCGUGAUUGUUUCCUGUGUAACCAAAGACUGGCCCUACAGGCCCCAUCCCCAUAAUGUGGUGGGAAAGAAGGGAUGCAAAGAGGGAGUGUGCUCCAUGGAAAUUUCAGUAGACACCACCAUUACCAUUCCGUUCUCCAAUCUGGGUAUCCGAUGCAUGAAGAAGAAAGAUAUCGAGAAUUCUUUGCGAAGGCGAGAAGAAUUGAGAAUCGACCCAUUCAGAA